UAUACAUCAAACCACUAGCUACCUACUAUAAGUGCUUAUUAUUAGCUAGGUUUCUUAGCUUGGGAAUACUUAGCUUAUUGGUGAAAUAUAUCAGCAUAUCUUUAUUUAUCUUAAAGUACUAGACAGAAUAAAAUGGGGAUCAUGAAACUAGUGGGGAUAUCUGAAGCAAAGAAGAAGCUUGGAAGAACGAUAAAUCCGAGGGGGAGGAACAACAAUGAGAGUAGCGACGAAGCGGUGGUUCCGAGGGGGCACUUCGCCGUGUACGUCGGAGAAGCACGGCGGCGGUUCGUGGUUCCGAUCGAAUAUUUGGCGCACGCGCUGUUCCAGGAUCUGUUGAGUUGGGCGGAGCAAGAGUUUGGGUAUGAGCAUCCCACCGGUGGGCUGACAAUCCCAUGCACUGAGGAAUACUUUUUAAGCCUCAUUUCCAUUCUCAGCUCCCAUCAAUGAUAUGAUCAUAACACAUUCAUGUAUUAUAUAAUUGCAUAUACGUCCAGGGCAAUAUAGGAAUUCAUAUUAUUGAUCUUGAUCUUUUUUUUUACCAUGCAUUGGUUAUGGUAAAAUAUGGAUAUAGUAAUAAGGUACUACAUUAUUAUUAAUAUAUCCCCAAAGAUUACUUGGAAGAGCUGUACUUAUAAUGUGACACAUGAAGUUUCCGUAUACUUUGAAAAUGCAAGUUGAUUGACUUUUAAUUUAAUUGACUCCAACUUGACAGCUUGUCUUA